UGCCUUGAAGGGAUCUAACUAUGCUGGUCUGCUGGAACGGCAUCGCAUUCAUACAAAAAAUGUGGAGCAUGUUGUAGACAGCUUACGGAACGAAAGGAUAGAAGUUCGUCUUGUUAAGCGUCGAGAGUAUAAUGAAGAGACAGUUCGGUGGGCAGAUGCUGUUAUAUCAGCAGGAGGUGAUGGUACAAUGUUGUUGGCAGCCAGUAAGGUCUUUGAUAGAUUUAAACCAGUCAUCGGAAUAAAUACUGAUCCUGAAAGAUCAGAAGGUCACCUGUGCUUGCCUGUGAGAUACACACAUUCAUUUCCUGAAGCACUACAGAAGCUUUAUCGUGGUGAGUUCAGGUGGCAGUGGCGGCAAAGAAUCCGACUGUAUCUUGAAGGAACUGGGAUUAACACAACCCCUGUGGAUUUACAUGAACAGCAGCUAAGCCAAGAGCAACACAGCAGGGCUCACAUAAAUGAAAGAUUCCAGGACCAAAGGUCUGAUAUUUCUGGUCCACAUCUUUUACCAGUGAGAGCACUCAAUGAAGUCUUCAUUGGGGAAUCUCUUUCAUCCAGGGAGAACUUUAAGUCCUGCAAACCCAGUUUUAAAUUCUCGCUUCAUAGGGCCUCCUAUUAUGAAAUAUCAGUUGAUGAUGGUCCUUGGGAGAAACAGAAGAGUUCAGGGCUUAAUGUGUGUACUGGAACAGGAUCAAAAGCAUGGUCCUAUAAUAUUAACAAGGUUGCACAUCAAGCUAUUGAGGAGAUCCUUAAGACUGCAAAAAAGCAUGGAAAUUUGAAUAUGCCGUUGAACACGGAACUGGUACAGAAAGUAACAAAUGAUUACAAUGAGUCUCUGCUGUACAGUCCAGAGGAACCAAAGAUGUUUUUCAGUGUACGAGAGCCUAUUGUUAACAGAGUUUUCUCAAGUAGCCGUCAGCGUGGCUUCUCUUCAAAAGUGUGUGUCCGUUCCCGUUGUUGGGAUGCUUGCAUGGUUGUAGAUGGAGGAACAUCUUUUGAGUUCAAUGAUGGGGCAAUAGCUUCAAUAUUGAUUGACACAGAGGAUUCACUGUGCACUGUUCUGCUGGAAGAAUGAAGGAUGCUGAUGUCUUUUGCUGAAACAUUUAUGGAUCCAUAGAGGGAAACCAUGGGGAUAUCACAAUGCUGCAUUACAUUGGAAGUUGGCCUUUUUGGAUGCAAGAGCAUUUGGGGGAAGCUUGAAAUGCUUUUCAUUCCUUUGGGUUGGGGAAUCAUUAGCCUGAUAUUUAAACUCUUUUUGCAUCUAGUGUAAAAUAUGUCUGAAGUGUUACCUCUAACUUCAGUGAAAAUUCAGUUUUAACCUGUAAGGCAAACAUGAAAGCUUUGUAAACACAGGUAAAUGGGUUCAAUUAUUAGGUCAGUAGCAUUAAAUAUUCAGAUGUACAGUUUUUUAGUAACAGUCUGGGACUGAUGAAACUUAAUACUUCAUACAUACAUUUUUGUAGAAAAGUUGACUGUCAAACUAGCAAUUUGAUGCAAGGAUAUAUAGAUUUUGGUAAACCAUGAUGUUGAUGUAAAAGAAAUGAAAAUACAAAUCUUUUGUAUGCUUUUCAAAAAUUGUACAACUUUGUAGUUUCAUACAACUUGUGGCAUUUUUUUCUUUUGUUCUUCCAGUAUUUUUUCUACUUUGUAGACUUAUACUCUUAAUGUAAGUCUGGUUUAAUACAUCUUGAAUGAGGUAGCUUUUACUUUUUCUGUUUGGCUAGAUAGGGAAACCCAAAUGUUUUCUUGAGCCCUUUAUCAGGAAUAUAUAAAUUAUAGAAAUCAUGUUGCAGUAGGAUAUAUUCCUUCACUGAAUGGAUUAACUUCCAAGCAGAUGAUUAGAGACACUAGUGUAUGUAAGUGGCUAUCAUUAAGAAAUAUAUUUGGCCUUACCAAGUUGAAUAGUUUGGAAUUAGAGGUUUUGAAUUUCCUAUAUUUAAAGAAUAAGAUAUGCUGGGUACUAGGAGUUGGAGCACAAGCUAAUAACUAUGUCUUCCAUUUUUCCCAGCAUGUUUUUACCUUCUCCAGAAAAUCUAAAUUUCCAAUCCUAUGCUGAAUUCUAGUGAUAUGUUAAUGACAAAAAGUUAAUUUCACACGUCUCUGCUCAUGUUAGGUAAUCAAGUUGAAAAUGGAAAGAAAAAAAAAAAGCUCUGAUUAAAGAAGAGCAAGUUACCUUUUAAAUCUUUCAGAGAAACUGUGAACUGUGAUUGCCUUUUGAAAACUGUGCUUGUAAUUGCAUAGGUGAGGCAGAAUUUGACAAAACAAGUAUUCCUACAGCAGGAACUCUUCUGAAGUUGAAAAUGACUUGAAAAUAGUAUUCUUUGUCUACUACAGAUUUGUUUCCAAGAGUGAGUUUUCUUCAAACGACUUUUGAAUGAAGAGACUUCUGUAACAGAUGUUCUCAGGUUUAAUGGAAAUGUUCUCCAUUGUGGCCAAUCAGUGUAUUUAUCGCCACUUGCAAAUGUAAACUGCUCUUUAUUGGUGGAGGAAAUGGACAAAUGACUUUUUCCUUCUAGCUGUAGAGUGAAUAGAACUUAAAAUAUAAUUUAGAGGAUAUUGAUUUGACCAGACCAUUCAGUUCUAGGAAAAUGUAAAUUUGAUGGAGAUGUCUGAAUAAGCUAUCACUGUGUACAUUUCCCCUUCUAAGUGUGCUGCAGCUACUUACACUGUCUGGUUGUUAUGACUGUAGACCCAGAGGGGAAAAUCAAAGUAGGUAAAUAAGCUUUCAAAAGUUGGCAAGUUCAGGAACUAUCAGAAUAAAGCUCUUACUGUCUAAAAUAAUGUGCAAAGUUUGUCUAAAGGUAAAGACACAAAAGAUUAAUCUUUCUAAAAUCUGUGUGCACACAGACUAGGGUGUUCUAGUUAUUCUCAAUCUAUCUGUAACCAGUUAGGGAUUGUUUAUUAUGUGCCUCUGUCAAGUACACUUGUCAAUAUACUGUUAGCAUUCAAAAAAUCCCCAAGCCCACCAAUGCCAUUAACUUUAUUUGGCCAUUUUUGGCAAAGAAAUAAUAAAUGGCAUUAUUUUAAAUAAUGUCAUUUAUUACUUCCUAGGACUCUACCAGUCUUAGAUCAGAUUUACAUAUUGAACAUGUGCACAGCAGAUCUAUGGCAGAAAUCCUGUUCCCUGCUUAUUUAGACAUUUGUGUGCUGUAAUGUUUUAAAUGGAGAAUGGUUAGUCUGAUAUGUAAGCUUACCUCUUAAACAUGCCUGUCAUUCCUUAUUAUGAACAUCAAGACUAAAAGGCAAUGUUUUCAGACCCUACAGCCCCAAAGUAUGAUCUAGAUUAGGACUUAGUAAAUUUUCAAAUUCCUGAUUUAGCAAAAUGGAAGGUUGACCUACUCAUGAGUGGCCUCUACUGGUUUUGUCUGUAUUUAAUUGCAGUUCUGUUGAAGCAUUUUACUGGUGAAUGCUUAUUGACUAGGAUGAUUCAGAAAUCUAGUUAAUAGUAAGAAGCUACCUUUUUUUUUUAAUUAUUAAAAAACUGUAGGACCCUUUUUAAGGAUCCUUUAUGAUGAAGGAUUGCAGUACAGACAAUUUACUUAAGUAGACAAUGUUCCAGAACAAGACUGAGUCUUGGUUUAACACUGAUUUAAUCUGUGUGGACUGGCAGUGAUUUUUGCAACCCCUUCUAGCUGCUGAGUCAAGUCCAUGGUAUUUUCACUUCGUGCUAGUCUACACUGUGUUCUAGACCUAAACUAGACUUGUUUUUCUUAAUGCUUUUUUUUUCCAUGUGGUGUUUAUACAUUAUGUAAUAAAAAUUAAAAGCUUAAUUGAUAAA